AUGGCAAGAAGUUUAGGCUGCUGCCUAAACGGACAAACGGAGGCAGCGCCGAUGCCGUUGACACCAUCAGCGGCAUCGGUAUCGACACCACCACGACCACCGGCAACGAUAGUGGCACCGGCACCGCCACCAUCACCGGCAGUAGCAGCGUUGACACCAGUACCGCCACCGAUGAUCUCAGCGGCACCGGCACCGCCACCGGCAGUAGCAGCAUUCACACCGGUACCGCCACCGAUGAUCUCAGCGGCACCGGCACCGCCACCACCACCGGCAGCAGCAGCGUUGACACCGGUACCGCCAUUGAUGAUGUCAACGACAUCGGCACCGCCACCAAACGUGCCAAGAAACGCGAUAAUGAAAAAGCGUUACGGGACACCCUGUAUGCAAGCACUAUCGCCGUCGUCAGGAUAUGUGACACCAUAUAUCCCAGCGCCGUCGCCGCUGGGAUAUAUCUUUUCGCCAGGAUACGCUGCAGCAUCGUUGCCAUCACCAGGGUUUAUUCCGGCGGCGGGUUACGUUCCGCCGACGGGAUACGUUCCACCGAUAGGAUACGUUCCGCCGACGGGAUACGUUCCACCGACGAGAUACGUCCCCUCGGCGGGAUACGUCCCGUUGCCGUCGGGCAAAGUUUGGGAUGGUUAUUCCCUUGUCACAUUCCGAGAAAACUACCUCGAUCGCAUCAGUCGAACAAGGAGAGAGCGGAGCGAGAAAGACAGAUUCUCUCGCUUGCUCGGCAUCCCGAGUCGCGUCACAUUGAAACCGACGUCAGAGCCUGAGCCGGUUUCGGCUGAUGUCAGCAGCCGACGUCAAGAUUCGUCGUCCGUUGCGGAACGUGCACUGCAAAUAGUAAAGAAGUGGAUGGAGGAUCGAGAGGCAAUAUCGUACCACCCGACAGCAGUUCCGGAAGUGGCGGCCAAGGAGGAGGUCGAGCCGGAAAGUCCGGCAUAUGAGCCAAUAAUAUCAUCAGUAAUAAUGGAAACCGAGGAAUAA